ACUUUAGAACUCAGUAUCCUUUUAACCAGCAAAGACGACAGACACGAACGUCAUGAGUAUCCCUCUAGGCCGCUUGAUUUUCUUGACAUUUGUACUGAAUUUGUUCGAUAACAGCUACGAGCAGUAUGUUCCACCAAAACCUACCGUCGAACCCCUUACUCCGAAAGGGAUCAGAAUUUCUAUUCCACAUGAGGACGGGAUUAGUUUGGUUGCCUAUCACGUGAAAUUUAACAGCGAUUUCUACAGUCUUGAGGCGGGAACAAUCGCCGUUGACAUUAUCAAACCUAAGGAUGGUCGAUGGACUUACGAAGAUCACAGCACUAAACUANGCCCGCGCAAACAUUUUUAUAAUUACGACGGAUCCGCAGCUAAUAAAACAGACGGCGGAAACGGCACGUGCGCAGCUAUUUCCGAAACAAAGGCAUAUACACGUGAUCGGGAAACGCGGAAAUUGAAGUCCCAUAACGUUUGCGCGGGCGAUAUAAUUUUCAUAGAGAAUUUUGACACGCUCAAUACAGACCGCUGGAAGGUCAUCGAACGUUUCUCGAUGGAACCGAACUCCGAAUUCGUUGUGUACUUAAACCACGAAAACAAUGUUUACGUUCAAGAUGGCCUCUUGUACAUUAAACCGGUUCAAGUUAAGGACAAAUACGGUUUCAGGUUUGUGGAGGACGGUUCGCUGACAUUGGACAAAUGCACGGAACAGAUCGGUAGCGAAUAUUGCACGCGACGGGCAAAAGGCUGGGACAUUUUGCCGCCUGUAAUGUCGGGACGAUUAAAUACUAAACAUUCGUUCAACUUGAUGUACGGGAAGAUUCAAGUCCGGGCUAAAUUACCGCGCGGCGAUUGGAUAUAUCCACUGAUCGCUCUAGAGAGCGCCGAUCAACCAAAUUCGACGAUCUUCAGUACCAUCGUGAUCGCAAAUUCGUUCGGCAAUCCGACACUUAUAACAACCAGUGGGAAAGACAUAGGCAGCCACGUCCUCCAGGCCGGCGCAGUCGUAACUACUUUGGGGAAUGGUAAUAUACGAGACAACCGAAUGGAUCUCCCAACGAAGACGUUAAACGUUCUGUGGUCCGAACAUUAUCAUGUCUACGAAGUUGAGUGGAGACGCGGACGACUCAUUCUUAAAGUUGACGGCCAACAAUACGGGGAACAGAGGGUGCCGUAUCUGUUCGAUGCUCCAUUUUACAUCGACGUGGGCUUGGGAGUCGGAGGUUACAACAUUUUCCCCGACCGAUGCAGAAGUGGCAAUUAUCUGAAACCGUGGAAAAACAAGGGCGUGAAGGCGAGGUAUAACUUCUACAUAUCGGACAGCUUCUGGCGACCUACGUGGGGGGUUCGAGACACAGUUAUGGCAAUAGACUACAUCAAAGUACUGGCACUGUAGACGCUAAAAACAUCGACUUGGAAAUUUUCAGUACAUUAAAUACCUUGACACUUC